AUGCUCGCCGACGUCGCCGCGCUCGAGCGCGCCUCCGCUUCGCUCCGUGACCCGCAAACGCGAGAAGCCGCGGAGGCGUUCUUGAUCGAGUUCCGACGAAGUGACGACGCGUUAGCGACGUCGAGGGCGGCGCUGAGUGAGGUUUCAGUGUCCUCCGAUUGUCAGUUCCACGCCGUGUGCGCGCUCAGGGAGAGCGCGUUGCGUCGAUGGGGGACCUUGGAGGCGGGAACGCGACGUGAGGUGUGGGAGUACGCGGUGCGAUGGACGCUGGAGCGCCCGGACGCGGCGCAGUACGUGAGGAAUCAGAUGAGCGGGACGGCGGCGACGCUGGUCAAGCGCGCGUGCGUCGACGCGAGUGAUGAGGAGAAGAUGGCGGUGAUCUCGAGCGUGGAAGCGGCGGUGAGAGGCGCGGCGCAGAGCGGUGGGGGGGCGGACGCCGCGCGGGUUGGGUUGGAGGUGUUCGCGGCGGUCGUCGGGGAGUUCGCGCCGGGCACGGCGAGCGAGCUCGGGACGACCUGGGAGCGACACGAGCGGUGUCGAGCGAGCGCGGAGAGACACUUUUUAAGGCCUUUUUUUGAUUACGGAUGCGAGCGCGCGCGGGCGUGCGUGGCGGAUGGGAGCGUGAGCGAUGGGAGGGAUCGCGGGACGUGCGCGGCGGCGCUGCGACUGAUGAACGCCGUUCUGAGUUGGGAUUUCAAUCGAGACGUGAGCUAUGGGUUUCGCGGACGGGCGUUUCCGAGCACCGAUAGCGCGGCCAAUGCGUUCGUCAAGCUCACGCCAGGUAUCGAAUGGCGGGAGGUGUUGCUCAGUCCCGGGUCUUUGGAUUGGUUGUUUGACUUACACGCCGGCGCAGAGAGCGCCGUGCUCUCAGGCGGCGGUAACGAGGCCAAGCGCGUCGCCGCAGCGAGUCGUAAAACUCUCAGCGCGCUCUGUACGUUGAGUGGAUGCGUGUUCCCACCGAAGGAAAACGAUGAUAGCUUACGGACGGGACACUUUGUGCGCUGCGCUCGCGCCAUUGCCAAGUACCUCUUGCCCGCAACAAAGAGCGUAAGCGCAGCCAUCGAGGGUCACGGCGAGGACGCUCUCAUCGAUGGAUGUCGCUCGUUAUCAGCGUUAGCUACCGUACACACGGCGAAUGAUUUUGCGACGCUCUCGCUCGGACCCGAUUUGAAUGACAGAACCGCCCUGGCGUUGUUGGGAGAGCUCACCCUCGAGUGCUUGAAUCAAGAAGCGCUCUCGGUUCACUGCGAGGGAACAGUGGUCGAUGACUGCUUGAAGAUGCUCCUUGAGACGUGGGCUUCCUUAGUGAAUGACUUUUUCGUGAAAAGCGGCGCCUUUGUCAGUAGAGACCCGGCCAUGGCUACGCCGCCGGCCGUAUUAGAAGGCGCGGCGAACGUGUCACACGCCUACGUCGCCGCCGGAUUGAAAGCCGCCAGAGAGGGCGCACAUGAAGAAGAUGACGGGCACGAAGAGGAAGGUAAAGCCGGUGCCGCUGCAUUAGAUGCGAGACUAGAGCUCGCCGCGCAAGUGUUUCGAGCGUACCCGCCAUCGACGCUUCCAAUGUUGCAGCAGGCUUUGGUCGAAAAGCGUUCGGCGCUUCCGGGAGUCAUGGCGAGCGGCGCGGAUCCAAGUGAGCUUUUAGAAGAGUUAUGGUGGUUGACGCGACUCGUCGCUCACGUUCUUGCGGACGAUGGCGACGGUGAGACGCCCAUACCACCGGACUCGCUCGCGGAGGCGGCCGCUGCGGCCCCGGCAGGGGUGCCGGAUUGCGUAAGCGAACUUGCGAAAGCCCUUAUCGACUUUGGAUGCUUAGCUUUAGACCCGAGCGCUCGAGGGGCGCUCUCGCCGCGUUUGCUCGAGACCGUCAUUUGGGCUCUCGCUCGUUGGGCAGAUACGUAUCUGAUUUCAGAAGAUUCUGGAGGAAAUCUGCACGCCGCGAUUUACGCCGCCGCUGGCGGCGUUCGACGAGGCACAGACAUCGCGAAUAAACUCGGCGAGAGCGGGGGUGGAAUGUUCAGCGAACGCAAUGGGGGUGUGCAAGCGCUCGAUUUGCUCGUUCAAAUAGGAACGAAAGCACUCAGCGAGUGGCAGGGAGAGACUAGUUUGCAUAGAACGGUGGGAUUCACCUUGUUUCCAGUGCUCACACGACGAAAAAUGCUACUCAAGCACUUGACGACUUCACAUUCGUGGACGACGCUAAGAGAGGCGUGUGCGGGUGCGCACCGCGAGCGUGGCGUGGUGUCGUUCUCACCAGAAGUCCAUCGUGGGCUGAGCGAGUGCCUGGCGCGAGUUGCCGGGAGUAUUGUCGAUCCAGCCGAGUGCGAGGCGUACGUGACCCACCUCAUCACCCCUCCGAGCGAAGUCAUAGCCGCGGUUUCGGUGGACUCCGUUGCUUUGCAUAGCCCCGAGGGUGAGGCGCGCACAGGUGCUGCUUUGGAGGCGCUGAGAGGAAUCGUUCGCGCGACUAAUGGAAAGAGCCAAAAGGCUAUUUUCAACUUUUUCGCCGCGGCUAUCGAUCACCUGUUAAACCUUCAGAAACUGGCCAAGGAUUUACCGCGUGUGAUGAAGCUCCUGCUGCGCCUGACGGAAGAGUUCGUGGAAUUUAACUCUCCGUAUCUUAAUGCGCAACAAGUGGAUUGGAUAUGUCGCUAUUGCUUACGCGUGAUUGAGACGUACGCAAGCUCGGGACGAGGAAACGUGAAAUCAUCCGCCGGUUCGCUCAUGAGUCAAGAGGCGGUGAAGGAGGCGUAUAAGGAAGUGCGAGCGCUCUUGCGCAUGCUUACACACUUAUCGAGUGGUAAUUUGCACGACGCGAUCGUGGAAUCCGUCUCACCGGAGGAAGCCGCAAGGCUCACGGAGCAAAUCGACAUAGCGCACGUCGUCUUCACUGGCUUGAACACCGUCAUCCCGCUCAUCAACGACGAACUCUUACAGUUUCCCAAGUUGUGCAGGCAGUACUUCGAGCUUCUAUCUUAUAUGCUGGAGGCGUACCCGAAAAAAGUGGCGAAACUCCCGGCGAACGUCUUCAGCACGCUCAUGACGACGCUCGAGUUUGGUCUGAAGCAUUCCAACGAAACGGUGAGCAAGGAGAGCAUGACGGCGCUUAGCGCACUCGCAACGUUUCAGCGACAAAGCGUCAAGACAGGAACCGACGGUUUGGGUCAUCAUAUGGCUCCGAACGCGGAAGGUUUGAGCAUCCUCGCCCAUCUCAUGCGUCUGCUGUUCCAGCGAUUGGUGUACGAAGAGGCAGUGUUCGAUCUCGUCGACGAAGCCGCAGACGCGCUCCUUCCCAUCAUCCUGCACGAGCGCCAGGCGUUCGAAACCUUAGCCAGCUCAUUCCUCGCCGCCGUCGCCGACGAACCGCAAAGCGUCACCUUGGUCCAGAACGCGUUCGUCGCCCUCACGUCCGCCAACAACCUCACCGAGGGCGUCGAUCGCAUCAACAAGCGUCGCUUUCGUAGAAAUUUAGCCGAUUUUCUCGUCGUCGCUCGAGGCGUCUUGCGCAGGCGCUAG